AUUCCCACGUCUUUCUUUGAGCCAGUCCAUAUUCAACACCCAAGCCGGCUCAAUUAGAUUCCAUCUUCCCCAUUUCUUUUUUCCAUUCUUUCCCUCCCAACAAACAAUACCUCUCUCUCUCUCUCUCUAAUGCAUCUUCAUCUUCUGUCCAUCCCUCCACACAACAAAACCUAAUAAACACACACACUACCAAAUAUGAAAAGAUGGGCCAAGAUUCUCUCGGCCAGCAUCAUCCUCGCCGCCGUCCUCCUCCUCCUCAUCAUCACCUUCUUCCUCUGCCGCCGCCGCCGUCGUAGCCGCCGUCCCCGCGUAUCCACCUCAAUACCCAAACCCUUCACCGAUCCUUCCGCCGCAUCAAGAGCCGAGAAGCUCGAAGCUGGGAUCUCCAAAUUCCAUCUCUCUCCCAUCAAAUCCGACAGCAAGAAUAGCCUCCGAUUCCACCAACUCCCCCAUCUCCACAUCCCUGACCAUCAUCAUCUUCAGACCUUCAAUUGGGACGAUCAUCCCCGGCUAAUCACUGAAGCCGUUGAGAACGGUUGGUUCCGCUUUGCCUUCCACGGCCGACCAUCCUCCUCUCUCCCGCCUCUCAGAUCUCCCCAGAUUCGCUGGGGUUUAUGCGUGGUUUGCGAUGGUGACAAGCAACACAGGAAUUCAUCAGAAAUCAACUGGGAAAUCCCACCUGGAUCAUCGGAAUUCAUGCAAACCGUGAAGAUUAACUCCGCCAGAGACGAUGAAUUAGCUUCAUCUUCUUCUUGUUCUAUUGUGAAGAUGAGUCUCCCUUUACCUGGACCUUCUCUGGCAACCGCUUCUUUCCCUCAAGAAGCUUAUUUUGAAAUUUCUAUUCUCCAUUUGGGUGGGAUUUCGCAACCUCGAUUUCAUAGGACCAGUAAGCGAUCAAAGGGGACCGGUGGUGGUGGUGGUGGUGGUGGAGGUUCCAUUGAAGGUGAUCGCAUGAAGCUUAUACAAGAGAACUCAUCUGAAGGUGAUUUGGAAUCUGGGAGGAAAAAUGGAGUUUUGGAGUUGAAUAGUGUAGGGAGUGUUCUUUCUCUGGGACUCAGCAUUGGAAGCUUGUCUUCUGAGUGGAGUAUGAUGAAGCCUGGAAGUUAUUCUGGAUCCAUUGGCUUUCACUCUGAUGGCUCUGUCUAUCUUGAUGGAAUAAAGCUCAUGUUCGAGUCAGAGGCCGCACAAUGGAACGGAGUAAACAAAGUAAUCGGGCUCGGGUACAACCCAAGUAAACAGAUGGUAUUCCUAACGAUCGACUCGGAACUCGUGCGCGUCAUUCACUGCAAUUCGGACAUUUACAAGCACCCACUUUACCCGGUCAUCUCGGCAAACACCGAAGUCAUGGUGCUAAUAAACCUCGGCCAAAGCGCGUUCAAGUACGCACCAGCGAACGCGCGGCGCACGACGAACCCGUGUUUCAUAAGAUCAUCUCCGGACGUAACCGUGUCCACCAUUGCCGGUAAUUACGAGGACAGCCGAGAACUUUUCUCGGUUGGAAGGUUGGAGAGUGAUUGGUAUGAUAUCAUGAUGAAGAGCAAGAACAAGGGGAGUACUAAGACUAGUGUGGGUAAUGGAGAUGAGAGCAUUGCUGAUGCUGAUUCUGAUCUUUUUGAAAUCAGUUUGCAGAGUUGAAAUUAAUGGGAGGAAUUAAGAUAAGAGGGAAACACAACGGUUGUGAUUUUACUGCUAACACUGACCCAUACGAGAAGGAUAAUCAACAUGGAGUUUUUCUUUGUUUUUAAAGAAUAAUUUGUGUUGAUAUUUACAGACGUACUUUGAGUUUGUACAGAUGUGCGUGAUAAAUUUAAUUUAAUUUAAUUUUUUUAUUUGUGUUGUAAAUGUUA